AUGACGAAAUUCACCGAACUCAGCACCAAGGCAGGAAUGGAUGGCGCGAUGUGUUCGAUUGGGGUAGACAUAGACUCGUCACCUACCCCGGUAUCGCGGUGUUCGCCUUCCGCUGGCCAACCGAGAACCCCCUCGGCCAAUCUCACGCGAUUCGCACCUGACCGCCGACACUGGGUACUCUACGAGACCGCCCAGGAGAACGACUUCUUAUCCUGGUGGCUGGAGACCGAAUAUGGACAACAACUGACCAAAAAUGGACAAUACAAUUUCAGAUGGUCGACUGAGUCGCGUUCUUCGAAGGUGUGGAGGCACUUUGACCAGGUGGCAGAGGUCGGGUCUGGUCGACCCAAGGUCGUGUGUCGGUCUUGCCUGGCGCCGCUGAAUCACCCUCAUCACCCACAUCACAAAUCUCAUGGGACCAGCACAAUGGGCAAGCAUCUGAAAUCUACGUCUUGUCGCAGAAGCAAGGAGAAGGUGGCCGUUUCUGCUGUCACCUCAGGCCCAAUCCAGGUGGCCCGUGCGGGAUCGGUCCCCCCAAGGAGCAGAUUCGACCAGGCGCAGCUGAAAGAUCAGCUUCUGCGGACAAUUACAACCGCAAACCUUUCAUUUGGAGUGACAGAAGAACCCACAUUCAAGGAAUUGUUGAACCUGGUCUAUGCCGGACCCCACGGUUUGGAGCUUCCCUCGUCAAAGCAACUCCGCCAGCAUAUGCACGAUGUGGCAAGUAGCUAUCAAGAGUCGCAAUUGCAGGAUCUGCCCGGGGACUCGAAAGUGUCAAUCGCCUUGUGUUGCUGGAAAAGUUCAUUGGGACAAGAUUGUCUGGCUAUGAUAGCGUAUUACUUUGAUACAGAAUGGAGGUACCGAGAGGCCCUGCUUGGGCUCGAGAUGCUUUGCAGGAAUGAGACAGGGACUGACCCGGGGGAUCAAAUAUUGGCACUGAUCAGGAAGAAAGGGCUCCUCCGUCGGAUAUUCAGCGUGAUUAUCGACUAUAGGGUCGAUGCUAACUUGGCGCUGUCACUACAAGAGAAACUUGUUUCUUCUGGCGGUAUCAGCCAUCUUCAGUGCUUUUUUGGCGUUCCUGGCACAGUGCAAGCCAUACAGCUCUCUCUUCGGCAUUUUUCUGAAAACAUUACAAACUUACCAGAAAAGGUUCAAAAUGUGCGAGCAAUAUCACACGUCAAUGGUUGGACUGACCCCUCGAACGGCGACGAAAUUAUGAUUGUCUUGGAAAAGAUUCGGUCAUUUGCAAAGUACGUCAACGAGACCAACCAGAAGCGGAAUGCAUUCUUAUCUCUCCAGUCCUCUUUGGUUCGACUGUUACCAUUAGAUGAUGCAGAAGACGGCUGGAAAUCGUUGUUUUUGAUGCUGAAGCGAGCCAGCAGCUUGAGAAAAUUUAUUGACCAAUAUUGUUAUGAAAGUGGGAAUUUACAGCAUAAAUUAACAGAUAAUGACUGGCGGAAGGUCGAUUACCUGGUGCAGCUGAUAACACCAUUCAUUGAAUUUACCACAGCUCUAUUGGCAUCGAAAGAGGCGACAGUCCACAACGUCUCUUUCGUGUUCAAGGCACUGAUGAAGCAUAUCGACGAGUCAGCUGGGAUAUUAAGAAGAAAGUCAGCACCGUGGAAGCGGACCUUAUUAAAGGCAUUCCUGCGCCUACGGAUGGAGCUUGCAGAAGUCUAUGAAAACACAUUCCAAAAGUUUGAGGUCAUGUAUGGCACUGGAACAUUCGUUGCGCCCCAAUACAAAGUGUCCGCAUUUGAUGACGCCACGUCAUCACAGGGCUUGGGCUCUGCUGGGCGCUACAUCGAACUUUUGAGAAUCUUUCAUCUACAAUAUUCACCCCAAAUGCCCACGAGCCUGUCCUGUGCAAAUGGACUAUCUUGUUCCCCGCAGUUGUUAGGGCUUGAGCGGCUUCUACACCCACUAGCUGGUCCGUUCCAUAGUUCGAGAGGUGAGCCAGAUGAAGUUGAUCAAUAUCUCCAAGAAGGGGCUGUCAAUAUCUCGCCAUGCUCGUACUGGAAAGAUCGUCAACACGAGUGGCCAGUUCUCAGUCGAUUGGCCCGAGAUCUACUCUCUAUUCCAGCUACAGGCGCUGGUACGGAACGUCUUUUCACCGUUAUAGAAUAUGUCCAUGCACGUGGGGGGUAUUUGGAUGACUCUGCUAUGCAAGACUGGGUGAUGUAUGUGUAUUCACAGGGAUCAGAAAAAGGUCACAUAUUGGUCGACCGGUUGGAUCAUGAUACGGCUGACGAAGAAUGGGGGCACUUUGAAGUAGAGACGCAUAGACCAAGCCCGAUCAGCGAUGAUGAAUGGGACUCAGUCCAGGAAGAUAUCUGCGAGCCCUCGGGGGAUGACGAAAACAGCGAGGUAGACACAGUGAUUCUGGAAGACUCACCUAUGGAUGCGGAUGCAAGGGAAGAAAGCUCAUUUCUGCUCCAGCCUGUCACAUGGUUCAUCAAUAGUGUGCGAAGAAGGUUUUCAAACAGAAUAACUGUGACAUAG